AUGGCCAGUCUAUCCGGCGCUGUCACCGUUAGAAGGCCAAUCACCCACGUCGUUUUCGACAUGGACGGUCUCUUGCUCGACACUGAGAAGUUCUAUACACAAGUCCAGGAAAUGAUACUUGCUAGAUACAACAAAAACUUUGAUUGGACCCUGAAGGCGAAGAUGAUGGGAAAGAAAGCAAUAGAAGCUGCAAGGGUCUUUGUUGAAGAGACUGGAAUUAGUGAUUCACUUAGUGCUGAGCAGUUUCUGGUAGAAAGAGAGGAUAUGCUGCAGUCGUUGUUUCCCACGAGUGAGCUUAUGCCUGGUGCUAGCCGUUUAGUCAAUCAUCUACAUGCCAAAGGAGUUCCAAUCUCCGUGGCAACUGGGCGACAUUUUGAAUUGAAAACUCAAAGACAUCGUGAAAUCUUCUCUUUGAUGCAUCAUAUUGUCCUUGGUGAUGACCCAGAAGUUAAACAAGGUAAACCUUCUCCGGAUGGAUUUCUUGCAGCAGCCAAGAGAUUUGAGGGUGGACCGAUUGAUCCUUGUAACGUUCUUGUUUUUGAAGAUGCACCCUCAGGAGUUCUUGCAGCUAAGAAUGCUGGAAUGUCUGUUGUUAUGGUCCCUGAUCCAAGGCUGGACAAAUCUUUUCAUGAUGCAGCCGACCAAGUUUUGAACUCACUGUUGGAUUUCAACCCUAGUGAGUGGGGUUUACCUCCUUUUAAAGAUAAUGGAAGCUGA